AUGACGGUGUUUAAUGAACCCACUAUCCACGAUAAGCCUCUUGAAUCAUCAAAGUCCCAAUUCUUGAGAAAGUUCCAUCUAUUGCUUGAUGACCAAUUGAAGAGAAAAGAAAUCAUCUUCCAGAUCCAGGAAAUCGCCAGACAAAAGAAUUAUGAAUUGCACAAUAAACCGCAGAUUGCCAAUGAGAGUUACCGUUUCGAAUGGUUUGUCGCUACUUCAGAACCCAGUUUAGUCGACCUGUUGUAUUAUUUGUACUUUUGGGUAUUGUUGAAAGGUAAAUAUUUAUUGGAUGAUAUGGAUGAAGAGCAGGUGAACAAAUUGAAAAAGAAAAAGAGCAUAUAUGCUUUAAAUAAUAUGAGCAGCGCUAGCCUUGAAGGCACUGCCAACGGAUCUUCUGAUAGUUUGUAUAUCGAGUCUCCUUCCAAAAUUAAUAAUAUUGCUAAUCAUCAUAGUACUACAAGAUUUGAGAAGGAUAUAUUGAAAGCCAAGCAGUCUGUCAACGAUUUGAGGUCACAGUUUGCCAAAAUUAUUGAUGCCGAAAGCAAAGAGGCUUCCAAAACUUCGCCUUCAACCACCCCUAGAAAGACAAAGUUCUCCAAUGGCAUUGUUACACCAACCGGCUCUCCAAUCACCAAGAAAUUCAAUAUAAACAACAUACCACCUAAUAACAAUUCUGCCAGCGGUACCAACAGUACAAAUAAUAAUAGCCCAACACAUCGAGUGUUAGUCCAUAAAGUCAGUGAACUCAAUUUAAUGGACUCUCCAUAUAUUAAAAACGUACUCAGAUUCAAGUUUGAAAUGUCCACAUACUUGAACGUAUUGGUGAACAAUUAUGAUUUGAAUAAUGAAAUAUUGCCAUUGGAAUUCUUGUUACGCCACGAUUUUUUACCUACAUCCAAAAUUAUCUUCAAAAACAAUGAGUCAAAUUUGGACACUGCUAGCAGAAUCCUUGGGUACGAACAUUUGUUAUUUAUAAAAGAGAAUCCAAUUGAUAGAGAUUGCAGUGAUCACUUGAAAUUCGUUUAUAAUUUAUUGGUGAACCAUUUGGACUCCGGAAUGGUUUGGGAUUUCCAUGCAAUUUACCAAACAUCAGGGAACUUGCAGUCUGGUAUAAAAUCUUUACCUGACAGAAUUCAAUAUUUCCAGAAUUUCAACAAGACUUUGAUAUAUUUGAUUUUUCAAUUCUACAAAGACAAGAACAAGAGAGAAGGAAUGAUCAAGGAGUUUAAUUUGAAUCCAAAACAUCAUAUCAAGAUAGAUAAUUUGAAAUUGAAUUAUUCGAUUUUGAAGUUUAGCGAAAUAUGGAAAAAUUGGAGCGAACUCGAUUUUGUAUCACUAAAUAAUUUUAUCUUUUGUGUUCCAGAAGGUAAAUCUUCAGAUAUCAAGAGAAUGAUUGCCAAAAGAACUGAAUUCACUAAUUUAAAAUCAGGAAAUUUAAUGAGUUAUUAUGCCUGGGAUACUUUGACAGAUAAUAAAGUGGAGUUACACUUUACGAAACCAUAG